AUGCGCACUGCCUCCAAAUCUUCUACAUCUGUUUGCGUUGCUUCGUUUUAAACAAACCAGGCCAUACAGGCGAAAAUACACAACGAUCAUACAUCAUGACAUUCCGUGGAGGCUCCAGACCCACUAGUAUAAAUGGAAAUGACUACAAAUACAAAGAAAGGAUCGUCCCACAUUACCAGAUGAGUGUGGCCCUAAAGUCAGAAGUUCGGAAGUUUAACCUCGUCCAUCUCUUAAUCUGGCUGCUGGUGGCAGCACAGGUGGCUGUCAGUCAUUUCAACUUGGUGUCACCUGACACAGUGUCAGCACCGUACCAUUGGGAGUAUCCCUACCUACUCAGCCUCCUCCCUCUACUCUGCAGCAGCCUGUCACUUCCAAAGAACAAUAUCAGUUACCUCGUCAUAUCCAUGAUAAGCUCAGGGCUGUUCUCUGUGGCACCUCUCAUUUAUGGUGGAAUGGAAAUGUUCCCUGUGGCGCAGCAGCUCUACCGCCAUGGAAAGGCCUACCGCUUCAUUUUUGGCUUCUCUGCAGUGACUGUUACAUAUUUAGUCAUGGUGAUUGCUGUACAGGUGCACGCUUGGCAGUUAUAUUACAUGAAAAAGCUGCUUGACUCAUGGUUUAAUGCUACGCAGGAAAAGAAGAAGAAGUAAUGGAAUGUAAACAUCUAUGUUUUUGUCUUACCAUAUAUAUUCUUCUUAUUCAUCUUUAUUUAUUAAUUUAUUGUUUAAUAACAUCUUAGCAGUCCAAUGUUCUCUGGCGCCAUUGCAAAACCCUUAUGUGACUCUCCUAAGUAAUCUGAGGUGGCACCUUAAACAAUUUCUAAACAUUAACAUGACAGUCAAUAGUAGGCUAACCUCUACGUCUGUACUGAUCUGUUAUUUAGUAUGACUGUUGUCAUCACUAAAAAAAAUGAUGCAAAGAUCUGAACAGAUGCAUAGAUGUGCAUAUUUGUGCAGCAGUGGGGCCAUGAACCUUGUAUCAUCCAAAAUACACACUGUUUCUUUUUGCUGGAGUAUGUAAUAAAGAAAGUGUGUUUUCUUUGCUGAAGAUGUGAGAAUGUAAUAUCCUUUAUUGUUAAGUCUACCUCUGACAACGUUUUUUUUUUUUUUUCAGAAUGCAUCAAAUAAAAAUAACAGUGGUCACUCCA